CUUGUCAGCGCAUUUCAGAGCAAUCUACCUCAAAAUGUACUUAUUUCUUCCAAUCGUCUAUCUGAGCCUCGUUGCCACUUUGAGUACCACCUGCAGUGACGACGACCUUUACGUCAUACGCAGUGCCGCCCCCAGUGGUUUAGUUCUGGACGCCACCGACCCCACCCAAAUAAAAAUACAGCACUUCAAUGGCUUUAGUACCCAGUUGUGGAAAUUUGAACGUGCCCCUAGACCCGGUUUAUACUACAUUAUCAACUCCUACUCAGGGAAAGUCCUCGAUUUUGAAUCAAGGGACUUCGUAGACGUCGUACUGAGUGAACGUACAAACACCCCAAACCAACAGUGGAGUUUAACUCUGAACGGGCGAAUCGUCAACGUUGCGAAGAAAUUCAAGGUCGACAUCUACAAGCAGGACUUUACCCCAGGAGUUCACGUGAUCCUGUGGAAUGAUAGUCAAAGUGUAAACGAGGAGUUCGUCCUCGAGAAGAAAGUUUAAUUGUGGAAAUAAAGCUUUUGGUACUACUUAUCACCUAGCUCAUUAUCGUCCCUCUCCGGAUGUCACGAUAUCCGUAAAAUCCAGUCGCAACGAGACUCGAAAAUGACCGUUAAAGAAAUUCCCAGUCAGGAGUGGAGUUUGUCCCUAAAUGGUACUAUUAUCAACGAGUACAAUGUCGACAAGAAAAUUUGAUAAAUAAAAUAAUUACAAAUUUUGCCGUGAACUUUCAACCCGCUAGUCGGUGAUAUCGCCCAACAAAACGCACAAAUUAAACAAUCUAGUUCGAGAAAUGGUUACAACGGUACUCUCCACAUGGUGCACCUUUGCCUUAUUUAUUAUCUGCGUAAAAACUGGUGGUACUUCGGAAAGAUGCACUUAUGACAAAUUCUACGUUAUCAGAAGUGUGGCUCCCAGUGGUUUAGUACUGGAUGCUACGGAACCAUCCCAGCUGAAAAUCCAGUACUACAUUGAUUCCAAUGCACAAGUAUGGAUUUUCGAACGUGGAGACCGACCUGGGUUAUUCUACAUUAUUAACAGGGCUACAGGCAAAGUACUCGACGUUAAAAGCGAUUCUUAUCUCUACGUAAAUACCAGAACGAAUUCGUCUCAACAGCAGUGGUUUCUAGAUUCCAGGGGAAAAAUCACCAACUAUGGUCUACUCAAGAAUGUUGAUGUUCAAGGCGCGAAAUUCGAAGCAGGCGUACCUGUGUUGGUGUGGAAGGAAAAUUUUGACCAAAACGUAAAUCAGAAGUUCAUUUUACAGGAAAAAGUCGCAAUGUGUAAGGGAUGUUAAUAUGACUUGUGUUUGAAAUAUAUAUUUCUAUACUGGAUCAUCGACUUUAUCACCGUUUCCCGGAAACUAAAACUAUCUUAUCCUUAUUCGAUUUCCUUUUUCAUCAGUGUUAUACAAAGCGAACUUUUAUAGAAAAAUUCCCAUCAGUGCAUCAGUACCACUAUGGCAUCCAACCAUCGACAAGUACGCAAAGUUUUGCUUUUUUUACUUAUCUCAUCUUUAAAAGUUAUUUUUACCCACGAUUGCGACCACGAGGACUUGUACAUUAUAAGAAGUGCGAUCCAGUAUGGACUGGUACUGGAUGGUACCGAUCACAAUUACAUCAAAAUACAGCCCUUCGCUGGAUUCUGCAGCCAGUUCUGGAAAAUGGAAACGGCUUCCAGAGCCGGAUUGUUUUACAUAGUGAACAAGUGCACAGGAACUGUUCUGGAUGUCGAAUAUGUGGAUGCCAUCGGUACCUGGAAGACCCUUUUAAAGAAGAAAAAUGGUUCUAUGGUUCAACAGUGGGUACUCAAAGAGAACGGACGAAUUAUGAAUGCGGAAAAACUCUAUAACUUGGACAUAUUUAGCGCAGGGUACACUAUCGGGAAUACUGUAAAUAUCUGGAAAGACAAUGGGAAUGGGGCACAAGAGUAUAUUUUGCAAAGAACACCCAGCUGCCAUAAGGGCGACGACUACAGCCAACAUUUGUGAAAGUUUCUUGAAUACAAUAAAUAAUAAUUUUUGUGCUGACGUCAUCAGUUUUCUGGAAGGGACCAAUAAAUACAUUUUAAUGAAUUUUGUGUUUCCAUAAACCACGAUAAUUUUUUAUCAUUUUCACUAACCACAAGUGUUCAGGGGAUAUCCCUUGCAUUAUCUUUGCCAAACCAUAACGAUAAUAAUACUCAGAUCUACUGCACUAUGACGACGCGCACAAGGAAGAUCAUUGUUUGCUUAAUAUUAACGUGUUUCGCUUCCAUCCGUGCUUGCACCGAUGAUGAGUACUAUAUUAUAAGAAGCAAAGCCUCAAAUGGUUUGGUUCUAGACGGUGAAGACCAAGCUCAAAUCAGAAUCCAACAUUUCACUGGUUUUAGUACCCAACUUUGGAAAUUGGAACGAGGUAACAAAGCCGGCUUAUUUUACAUAGUUAGCAAACACUCGGGAAGAGUCAUGGACAUCGUCAACUCUUAUAACAUAUAUUUGAACGAAAAAAAUGGUGCGUUGGUCCAACAGUGGGUCUUAAAAGACAAAGGUCGAAUAAUGAAUGCAGAGAAACGUCUCAACGUGGAUGUACAAAACGCCAAUUUUACUCCUGGGGCAACCGUCCAGAUAUGCUCGGAUAAUGGGAGUCAAGCUCAAAAAUUCGUCCUGCAGAAAAAAACAUAAUUACUUUAUUUUGAACAUUAUUGUUAAUUUUAUUGUAUUAAUAAAUUCUCUGAAAGUAAAACGUUUAUGAACAA